CACUCUUUAUCAAUCUCAGUUCGUCGGAUGAUCCAUGGCUUCAAGGGUUUUCUCUCGGUCUGUGAGGGGCUCCUUCCGUUACCGCCUCCUCGAUGGAGUCGUGCUUCGACGGCUUUCAAGGGAACCCGCUGCAGGUUCCGCCAUUCUUCCCUUGAACAAGUUGCAGUCUGCUCCUUUGCACUCAAACUUAUGGUUGAGUAGAUCAAUUGCCACAACUACAUUACAAAGAUUUGGUUUCUCAUCAGCUGCAUCUCCUCAGCCGAUUGAUGAAACAAACCUAUAUGAUACAUUAGAAUUUGGAAACAGUAGUGAUAUCGAAAUAUCUCCUGAUCCUGAACUUUCCAGGGAUGAAUUAGUUAAGUUAAUAGUUGAAAAGGAAAAAUUAAAUCAGUUGAAGGUCAAAGAACUCGAAGAGGUGCAGGAUAAAGUUUUACGCUGCCAUGCUGAAAUCGAGAAUAUCAUAGAAAGAAAAAAGCGCGAAGCUGAGAACUCCAGGAAGUUUUCGAUUCAGAGCUUUGUAAUGAGCCUCUUGGACGUGGCCGACAAUCUGACAAGGGCUUCGUCUGUCGUCAAGGAGAGGUUCACCAAACUAGACACAUCCAAAUGCUCCACUGAAGUUGUGCCACUUCUUCAAACUUUACUCGAGGGUGUCGAACUGACAGAUAAACAGCUUUCUGAGGUAUUUAGUAAGUUCGGAGUCGCGAAAUUUGAUCCGAUAAAUGAGCAAUUUGACCCACACAGGCAUUCAUCAAUUUUCCAAGUCCCAGAUUCGACAAGACCACCUGGCAUUGUCGCUGCUGUCUUGAAGUCGGGCUAUACGCUGCAUGAUCGAGUAAUUCGUCCUGCUGAAGUUGGUGUCACCCAAGAACUGAACGAGUAGGCCAAAGCUCCAUCGAAAGAUUUUAGCAGGAUCCCAUAUGCCCUUCAAUCUUCCCUUUUUCUCAAAUAAUGAGACAGAUGAAAAUUGUCAUGGUGAGUUAGUUUAGCAGAUGGCCAACCAUCUAUUCAUUCUUCAGGUUUUAUUUUGCGAUGUAAUAUCUAGAUAUAUCAGUCUCGUUAACAAGUUUCUAGAGUCUUUAAAGUUUGGACCGUUAUGUUAGUUUGGAUAA